UAGGGAAGCUCAGUCUUCGCCAGAGGAGCGAAGCGCACGUAACUUAAGAAGAAAUGUACAGUGCAUAAGAUACGACAGUAAAGUGACACUUAUCAAGUCAGAAUUCGCAAGUGAUAAAAAUCACAAAGGGUUGUGUUGCCCCAUGAUACAGUGAAGAGAUAACAGACUUGAAGAUCUCAAAGUAUUAAUAGAGAAAAAGGAAAAUAUCCUUCUGUGGUUCAAAAUCGGCAUCCACGAGCUUCGUAACUCGCUACCGCAGAUCGUGAUCCAUCCGGCGAGUACAUCGUCGAUGAUGGAGGAGACAACGCGUCUAACGCAAUCAGGUCACAGGUCGUUGCACCGUCGUGGCGCCAGACCCGAAUUUGGGGACGAUGAAUGCAGCACCGACAGCGGAUGCAGCAGCGGUGGUAGCACAGGAAGUGCCGAUGGACUGUCACGUCGUGGAAGUGGUGAACGGCUGUGUUCUGGUGGAAGGUCACCAAGAGGUCAUUGUUACCUAGACCGUCCAAGAGGCCGCCCAACGACCACCAGGUCUCAGGAGAGACUAUCCAGGACUCCCAGGAGCGACGAACGGGUCAGGGCUAAGUCAUCAAGAUCCUGGAGUCCCGAAGACGCCAGGGCUCUUCCUCGCGAGUCACCAUCUCAUUCGCCAAGUGCAUCCGACGCUCAUAGCACCGAUUCUGACUCCCUGAAGAGACCAUCCACCACAGAGUCCUUGCGCAGGGCCUUCAGGAACCUCAAGUUCUCGAGCAGAUGGGAGAACAAGGAGGCCAAACACGCCAAGAAGAGUCCCAAGAGGAUCCUACGUACUCCUGUUUCUUACACUUACGUCAGAGGACUCUCGGGACUUCCUACACAGAGGGUGCCCAGGAACGCAGCCCAGCAGCUCAUGAUACCCAACUCUUGUCAAGACACCAUUGGACUCUAUCGAUAAGGCCUGACAUGCAGAGCUUAUUAUGUGGACUUUAGGUAGAUUAAUCUCUUAGCUAUAUGUAUAUAUAGGUAGGACAACCUAAUUUUAAUCCUGGACGAACUUUUAUUAUCGAUAGCUAUUGGGAUACUUGAUCAAUACUUUUUUUCUUUGUUUCCAAUUAUUUUUUUCAGUAGUCGAAAAAGUUGAACUUGACUUUUUUACUUCGAAAUAGAGCACGAGUCUUAGGAAGCAAUUUUGAAUAACUAAUGACCAAAAUGAAAAAAAAAGGAACAGACAAAAAUGAAAAGAACGGAUGGGAUCAUAAAUAUACAAAAAAUAAGGAUUAUUAAAAUUUGUUAAUUCCAUUAAUUGUGGAAGUAAACGAAAAUUACGUGAACCAUUGCCACGAUAGCUCAUGACCACCCAUCUAAUAUAUUAAAUAGUUAACGAAGGGUGGCGAAGUGGUCGUUUAUCAAUUGUCUACAUUUUUUCUUCACUUUGAGUCGAAAAAAAGAAGCUGAAAAGUAAAAAAGAAAUAUCGUGCUCGAUGCUGCGCUUAUAGUGUUUUCGUGAACGCUAAGCGCUAUAUCUAUAUCGAAUUUUUCCAAAAAAGUUACAGGGACUUUACAGCGUUCUAGCGCGUUCACUGAUAAAUAUACAAAAAAAGGUUUAAAAAUUUUCUAAAAAAAAAAAGGAAAAAAAAAUAUUGUUCGCCACCGGUAAUGAUUGAAUCAAUCAAUCAAUUAAUUAACUAAAAAUCUCACACAAAUUUAACCCAAAAAACUUAUCUUUCGCACUACAAAGACAAACCAGCACCAUAAAUACUCUACAUUAAUAAUUCCAAAAAUCCAAAAUUGACAGUUGCAUGCCAUAUUGGCUUUUCUCGUCAAUCAAUUACACAAGAGAGCGGCAAUUUAUUAUCCGCUCGAUAUGACUAAUUAAUCAGAAUUCCCUGCGUCAAAAUCAAUAGGAAUAAAACUUAGGCCGUCUGACGCAAUAGAGUCACAUAUAUAUAUAAACACGCAAAGAAAUCAGAAAAAAUCUUUAAAAAAUCUUAAACUUGACCUAGCUAAUCUUAUUCGAGAUAACCAUAAGUGUCCAGGUACCCCAAUGGCAAUUAGUAAUUCCAACAAAAUUCUCACACCCCGUCGUUAAUCGUAAACAUAAUCACUUUACAUAUUAAUUAUACUUGGAUCUCCCCUGCAAACUAUUUUCAUAUCAAUCUCGGCCUGACGUACAGCCACCGCAUGUACCAAUUAUGAAAGGUGCUGUACAAAGUAGAACAAAAUGAACUGCAAAGAAGAAGCCUUUAAUGAUAAACAGAAAGAGCGAGAGAGAGACAGAUAGAAAGAAUAAGAAUACGAAAAAUAUAUAUAUAAAGAGCAAGUGGGAGAAUACCAUUAGUAGAGGAGUCAAUUACGUAAUUACAUAUGCAUAAGUAAUUAAUCGAUUACUAGACUAUAAGACUUAGCGUUAUUUAAUCGGCAUAAAUGAAGGAACGUAUACACAUAUGUAUUAUUAUUAUAUAUAUAUGUAUGUAUACGCGCACGUUAAUUAAUAUCGUGAAAUCGCGAUCGUUUCACCGUCAAAUUGUAAAUCCCAUGAUAAUUCCCAAAUGAAUUUUCAAAAGGGAAAAAAAUAAUUUUUUUUGUCAAAGUUUGAUUUACAAUUUCGAGGUGGAAGGGUCACGUGUAUUCAAAUAUGAAUUUUAAUCACAGACUGUCUCUGUGCGAUCCACCUAGUGCCUUGUAGCUAUUCCCCAAUGCGAUUGCAAUGAUUAACGAGAUGAAACUCAGCAUCUCAAAAGAUCCAUGCAUCGGUGUAUGUGUGUAUGUACGUGUGUUUUUUGGAAGACGAUGUGCGCAUGCGCCGUACAAGAAAGUUACUCAGGUCUUGAGUGUUUUGUAUAUUAUCUAUGUAGAACAUGUUCUACGUUUGAAAUAAACGUUUUUCAUGCAACUAUAAAAAUU